GCCGCUGGAUGAGAAAACCACAUCAGAGGCGGCGGGAGGAAAAAGAGCAAGAAAACCUGUUGGACUCCUGGGGAAAAACCUCGACAACCUGAGGAGGGAAUUAAACACAAACUUUUGUGUUGGAGCGACUACUGUGUUUUCACCUGUUUGAGAAAAAAACACACAAAGGAAAAGACUGAGAGUGGCAUCUCAGCAAUUACCCGCUGAGUGAACUCUGCUUUUUCUUCCCAAAUUUGACGCUUCGACUUUGAUUGUCUCUGGGAUUCAUUCUCAUUCAAGAGGAAUCAAACCAUCAUCACAGACUUAUCUUAUUAUCUGGACCAGAAAAGGAUUUGUACAGGAACCUGGUAAAAACAGAGAGAGAAAAAUCCCUGCCUCGUACAACAACACCUGCUGCUCUCUUUUAACAUCAGCCGACAGCAAGAAGAGAGCGAGGAAGACUCGCGGUGGAAGUGGUUUUACUCCCUGCUGAGCUUACGACCACCUACCAGCCACUAAUUUCUACCACAACCUGCCACAUUAAUAAAGUAUAACCCCAGUUUGAGUGAGGAAGAGAACACCCGAAGGAUUUGGGCUUCAUUUUGUACCAAAUUAAAGGUCCGAUCAACAGAUUCCUCUUGGCUUGGACCAUCUGUCUGUGUGAUGAUGGCUUGGCUCCAGCUGUGGACUAUGGGGCUUGUUAUGGCCUUGUGCAUCUCUCUUACUGCUGCUGAAGACUCUGGUUUUCCUGUGAUGGAAGCAGAGCAGCGAGGCCCUGUCGAGAUUGUGAAGAAGGAGUCCCAUCCUGUCCUGGUCAGGCAGAAAAGGGAGUGGAUCUGGAACAAUCUCUACGUGGAAGAGGAGAAACCUGCACCAGUGGCCUACAAGAUAGGACAGCUGAAAAAUUCGAAGACGAAGGAGGGUGUGCACUUUACAAUAGACGGCGAAGGAGCGAACACCAUCUUCACCGUGGAUCCCAAAGGAGACCUGUUUGUCACCAGAUCACUGGACAGAGAGGAGAAGGACCAAUAUAAUUUGACCGCCAAGAUGUUGGAUGGGAACAACAGGUUGAUAGAGGAUUCUGGACAUUUUAUCGUUCAAGUGACGGAUAUCAAUGACAACAUCCCAGUUUUCUCCGAACCAUAUAAUGGAUCCAUUAUGGAGAGGUCCGCGAUAGCAACUCAAGUAGUGAAGGUGAGGGCAACAGAUGCGGAUGACCCCACCACUGCUAAUGGAGAGCUCAGGUACUCUCUGACCCCAGCAGGAGACCUUUCUGCCUUCGAAAUCAACAGCAUCACAGGUGUGAUCACCUGCAAGAGUAGCUCUCUGGACCGGGAAACAAAGAGUCAGUACGUAGUGGUGGUUAAAGCUCAGGACAUGAGAGGAAUGGCUUCUGGCAGCACAGCCACCACCUCUGUCACCAUCACCAUCACCGACACUAACGACAACAUUGUUUCUUUCACCCGAAAGAAGUAUGAAUUGCACGUUCCAGAGGAUCACAAGUUGAAUGAGAAGAUCGGCACUCUGGAGUUGAAGGACAAUGAUCAGAUUCAGAACAAACAGCCAAUCUUCAAGAUUCCAAAUGAAAACAACAAAAUGUUUAAUGUUGAACUCAACCCAAACAAGGAUGGCAACCUCAUGCUCAAACAGGCUCUCGACUACGAGAAAAGGAGCAGCUACACUUUCACUGUCGAGGUGCAGGAAACUCUGGAUUAUCCUGCUGACAACAGGAACACUGCUCUCACUAAGGCCGAGAUAAACAUCAAAGUAUUGGACGUAGAUGAGGCACCGGAAUUCUCCCAGCUCAUCUACACAUUCACUGUGGUGGAGGAACGUAUCGUGAACAACAUAGGAACAAUCACAGCCAAAGAUCCCGACAGAGCCAACAAGAGCAUACGGUACUCCAUCUUAGACAAGGACUGUCCUAUCGGUAUCAACCCGCUCACAGGUCAGCUGUCCACCCUUAGGGCGCUGGACAGAGAGCUGCAGGCCACACACAUGUUCCAAGUUAAGGCACAGGAGGAGCCAAGUGGUUUGGAGUCGUUUGUGAAAGUUAAUAUUAUAGUUCAAGAUGUCAAUGACAAUAAGCCUGAACUGAUGGUGGACGAGAUCUUUGUCUGUGAGAACGACCCCACUAACACGGUGAUUGGAACCUUAAGAGCCACAGAUAAAGAUGAGCAGAUCCCUUCCUUCGUUUUCCGCCUGGCCAGUGAGAGCUCCAACUUCUCCAUCAAAGAUUAUGGAAACAGCACAGCAGGCAUCAUGGUGAAACAGGGGCCGUUUAGCCUGGAUGACCCCAAGGAUUACACUGUGGAUGUGCACAUCAGUGACGGAGGCCAACCCAUCAAGACCAGCGUCACCAAACUGGCAAUCAAGUCUUGCCGGUGUGAUGCCAGGCGGAUUCCUACACAGUGCAGAGCCGGAGCUCGGAGAAUGGGAGUCAGUGUUCAUGCCCUGAUCGCCAUUCUGCUCUGCAUACUGACUAUACUCGUCAUUGUAAUCCUGUUUGUGAUGAGGAAACGCUAUCAGAAGGAUUCUCUGGCCAGUAUGAAGAACAGCGGCGAGAUUCACGAGCAGCUGGUCACGUACGACGAGGAGGGAGGAGGAGAGAUGGACACUAAUGGCUACGAUGUUUCAAUCCUCUCUUCUGCUUGCCACGACGGUUCCCUGCUCCGCCACCCGGACCGCCACCCCCACCCCUCUCUCUACGCCAUGGUGCAGAAACCACAGCACCACGCACAACCCACCGCCUGCAAGGGUGACAUGGCCGUGAUGAUCGAGGUGAAGAAAGACGAGGCGGAUCACGACAGGGACGGCUUCCCAUACGACACUCUGCACAUCUACGGCUACGAGGGGCCGGAGUCUUUAGCCGGCAGCCUCAGCUCUCUGGAAAGUUCCUCCACCGGUUCGAACUUGGAUUACGACUUCCUGAGCGACUGGGGGCCGAGGUUCAGAACCCUGGCCGAGCUGUACGGAGUGGAUGCACCUGACUACUACCAUCAAUACUGAUGGUCUGCUAAUAAGCAUAUUUGAUGCCAAAAUACACACACACACACAUUGAAAAAACAGCCAUAAAAUGCGCUCACACAUAGCCAGAAGCAUGCAGGAAAUAUACACAUUCACACAUACAACCAGGCUCUGAUGCCGUCCAUUUAGUUUCUUUCCAAACUCCAGGAAGCUCAAUCAAGUUGAAAAAAGGAGAGCUUUUUUUUAUGACAUGGUGCCCUUUGCCUCCUCCACCCAGGAGAUAUCGGAAAGAUUUUUAAAGUAAGCCCAGGACAUGCCGCCAUAACAGAAAGUGAGAACAAACUGCUUCACAGAUCUGCAACAGGAUUGACUGUUGGUGACAGAGUGAGAUCCAAAUGUGAGGAUGUGUUUAAGUCACAGUGUUGUUUAAUUUGACAUCAUCAUCAACCCUUUUUAUUACUGCAAGUCCAAUCAGAGGAUGCUCCAUGGCGGGCCAAUCUUGGAUGAUUGAUGGGUUUAUCAGGUCACUGCUGGCCAGAGAUGUUGCUCAGUUGCUUUACAUCCUUUUGCAUUUAAUUCAUGUCUCAGCUCUUUUAUCUACCCAUCCUCACUCACUACUUGUCAGAAACACACGCCUGGUCAGUGCAUCAGAUAUCAACACAUAAAGAAGCCUUCAGUGUCUGUAUGAGACGCAUCAGUUUUGCAUUGUAAACCCAUUUUGCAACAUUUUAGAUGUUGGUCACUAAAUAUAAAGACCUAUAGUAUAGAUAGUCUGUUUGGGAUGGGUGUGACAAAUAAACCCCAGUGUUCCUGUUCCAUGUAAAACCAAAAGUUAAUGUUUUAAUUUCACCUGUAAAUUAACCUUUAUAUUGUGUCUAUUUUUAAAUCAAUCCCUUCGAUGCACCUAUAUAUAUCUACAUAUACAUCUUUCAAUUAUGUAUAUUUCUUUAUAUAUGAAUGACUAAAUUACUUAAUCUGAACAAUUAAACAUGGACACAAAACUUACAUUUACCACAGAGACAAUACUUUAAAAGUAUGCAUUGUCUUCAUCUAGAUAUGAGCUUGUUUGGGUUUACUGACUAAUGUUGCUGUUUAAAUACAACUGGAAGUUUUAAACAAGCUUAUUUAAAUACAACUGGGGAUGCAAAAUGGUUCAUGUCAAAGCUACUCAGUGCUGAUGGGAGAUCUUGCCAAACUUUUCCUGUCUUACUCUAACUGUUUGUGUUGACAGCCUGUAAUCUCUUCGAACUUUGAUGUUUUGAAAGAAUUUGACAAAAGCACCACAAACACGGCGAGAGCAAGGUGAUUUUAUUUCUGAUCUGAAGUUGAUGAUUUGAUUUGUAAAUAUGACAGUUUGAGGGGUUUAUUAUUUGAGGUGAAAAACUCAGCAGCCACAGGAGUUUUAACUCAAAGAGGUUUGAAGUGUUUGAUCACAGCAAGGCGCCAGUUGUGUUUGCUUUAUCUGAAAAACUAAAAAGGGUCGUCUUUAAGGAAAGUUCAUGUCUCUUAAAUCAUCAGUCUGUGAUGUCCAGUGGGUUAUUUUGUGAUAUGCACACUAUAUAUCAGCAUAUAGUUACUGAUUUACAUCAUCUGCAAUAUGGCAGCAACUCUUAAAUGAAUAGGGGCUGUUUGAGUUAAAGAUAAACUGCACCAAAAGUUCUUGAUAUUUAGCAGAAAACUUCAAGAAUCCUUUCUCCUCUUUGUGUUUUCUGAACCAGCCACCCAAUAAGAAUGAGGAGUCAUUAUCUAAGUGAGUCAUUUCGUCCAUUUUGCCAGUUAUCUUCUGGUCUGAGGAGAGAAAAGACAACAGACAUACGGACGAGCUGAGAGGAAAUGGCACUGCUGCUGCUCAGACAGAGUUACAGCAUGUUCCCAGGUUUUAUUUGACAGAACCUAUCAUCACAGUUAUUGUUCAGAUGAAAGCCCAAUCCUCAGAGGUCUACUAGAACAAAAGUCAUUCAGGCAACUCAGGAAACACCGAGCGGCUAAAGCAGCCAGUUGGGUCGCUGCGAUGGCUCUGAGGUGUCGUGAAUAACUUUAACCUCUCAUCCUUUCUGGCAUCCAUAAGGUCAGAAACUCUCUGAUUUUUUUUUAGUGACAACUUUCAGAUCAUUUUUAGCAGAUUUACAGAAUCAUAAAGCAAAAGCUUGAAUCCUUUGACUAACCAGGAACUGUUUCUUUACUCUACUUGGCAACCAAUUUACAAAAUAUCUUUUAAACUCUCAAUGAUAUGCCAGUCUUUACUAUAUUAAUAUUAGAAGUAUGCUUGUUUAAGCUGUUUAGGCUACAGUUUAUCCAAUUUCUUUAACCCCUCAAUAUGCUUUCCACGUGGACAGACAAACUUGAGCUGACAUGGAAGGUGGUCAAGGAAACAUUUGGACAUUUAUACUCUGUGCAGGUUUACCCUGCAGCCACCAGCAGCUCAUCAAAGAUCUCCAUAUUGCCCACAAAUCCGCAUCCGUAUAGUAUAUUGAGGAUGCGUCAAGCAUAAAUACAGUGUGAGAGUAGCACAGUUUUAGCUCUUAAAGAGUGUAUAGAACUCAAAUAUUAAUACACUAGACUUGUAUUUGGCAAGUGGUCAUAGUAAAGGCAGGAUAGUCGACCCAAAAUAUACAGCCUUACCAGAAUCAUAGGUUUUCAUAAAAAUACACUCCAUGGAGCCAUAAUCAUCCUCAUUAUUUUGUAUAACUGUCUGACUUCAUGGGGAUUAGAGUUGUAACUCAUGAGUCUUUAUUCUGCUGGUUAUUGAUCCAGAACAUUUCAAGGUGACCCUAUAGAGCCCGAGAUGCUACUUGUUUUGUGUGAGCAAAAAUCAAUGAAAGACAAGAUAUUCAAUGUUAAAAAAAGGAAAAAAAGUAGUAAAACUUUAAUUUAAGAAGCUGGUACCAGCAAAAUGUUUGGCAACAAACAAAAUAGUUUCCAAUUAUGUUUUAGUUAAUUGAAUACUUGAUUGAUUGACUAAUCAUUCCCUUACAUAGAUCAUUUUUGUAAUUCAAAGGCUGUUGUUAGGGCCAAUUUAAGUAAAGGAUCCCUUUGGUUGGUGGGUGUGUAGUUUAUCCUGUGAUAAUGUCGAGGAUAUGCUGUUUAUUUGCUCUUUGGGUAAUCAGCAGCAGCUGCUCCAAAGCACUAUUUGACCCCUUAAUAUCUGGGAGAAGGCUGAACACUCAGACCAUAACUAUUUAUCAGUGACUUAGUAGCAUUUGAACAAGAACUAUAGACAUUUCAGCUUAUUGUAUAAAUGAAGGCUCUGGAGAUAAAUCAUGGCUAUUGCUGUUAGAACGUCAUUCACAAAAGGUCAUUCAUUGUCUCUAGUCAUAAGGUAUAAAUCAGUUUCCUGCGCUGUAAAGUGGUGCCCAUUUCUAUUAAAGUAGUCCACUUGACAUUGCAAUAUUUCAAUGCAUUGUUCAGCUGAAGCUCUGCAGAGCCACGUGUUGUCAAGACAGUCCCUUUGUUUUUGAAAAAAGGUAAUUUCACUCCAGUUUAGAGAACAGAGUUUAUUUAUUCUCCUGUUUAUUCUGUUUUGUUUGGCUCUGGCGUGCGUGGAAUGCCAUUUGAUAAACGCUGGAUACAAUAGCUGGAAGCCCUCUCAAUGCUUUCCUGUUGGCUUCAUAUAUAUACUUAGAGCAGCCGGUUCCUCCAGCUCACUCUCAGUCUUUGCCUCACCGUAUCUCUACCACACCGUCCCUCCCUCUCCGUCCUCUAAUCAGCUAAACCAAACAGUGGAGUCAACUUCCUGUCCAUCUGGGAGGUUGCUCCCGCCCCUUCCUGUCUGUGUUAUCUCUCCCGCGAGGCAACACAUUGUGCUUGCUUCCCGUUAGCCCCGGCCUGGGAAACAACCUUGGAGAGGAAAAGGGAGCGAGGCAAGGAGAAACACAGGCAAGAAACAAGAAAGAAAAGAUGAACAGAACAAUGUGGAGCAGUGAUGAGUUUUCCAGCUGAGCAGAAACACUUCAGAGCAGGAGUUGCAUGUGAUGAAACGCUGAGACACAUCGCACAUGCAAGUGGUGUUAACAUCCUGUCAUCCUCGCAUCUUUCUGAAGCAACAUUCAGAAAUCAAUAAAGAUUACCCACAGCUGAAUCUUUAAAUUUAUAAUAGGCAACUCCUCACUUUGUUGGCUCCAAGCAGCAGAAAAAGAAAAUCUUUUUUCAUCAUAUUUUCUACAUUUUAAAACUUUGCACCGAUGAUUAAAAACAAAACCACAAGGAUACUUCUGUGUUUUGUAAAAAGAAAUAGAAAACUUUUUAAAAAAAAAGAGAGUCUUGUUGCAGCUCAUAUUACUUUACUGCUUAAGAUAUUUCCAAAGUCCUCUCAAAGUUUAAGAUGAUUUUUAAAGUCAUGUUGAACAUUCACUGAACACUAUUCUGGCACAAGAAAUGGAGUCUCACCUUGUGAAUCUUCUCUGUACACCGAAGGAAAUAUUAUUUGUGCCAUUUCAGACCUGUGGCUCUCAAGUAAACAACAUUCAAGGUGUUUUUUUUUUUGCAUUUUGUUUAUGUGUUAUCAACACUAACACAAUUAUAGCUUUUAUUUUUGAAAACUGGAUAUGUGAACAGAAAAAUGUGUUGUUGAAAUCAACACCUGCAGUUGAGAGUGAGAGAUGGAAGGUGCUCCAUUAUCUAUUUUCAGAAUAGCAAUGAGUGUUAUGUGUACUUAGGGUGAGAAAAUCUGAGACAUCUGGGGAGGUAGUUGGGUAGUUUUGCAAACAAUAUUGGCAAGCAGUGCUUUCCAUUUUUCUUUUAGUUCUGUUCCAAAACAAACAACAAACUUACAGCACCUAAAAAAAGAAAUGCAUCAAUCCGUAAUAUAAAGCAUGUGGUCAGACAAGGACAAAUGUUGCAUGUGAUUUAUUUUUUAAAUGGUCAUAUUAUUUUUUAUUUUGUGUGCUGGCAACAUAAUGACAUUUUUGGAAAUAUGUUCCUUACAGCCUGAGGUGUAAAAACACCAUUUUCCUUUAUUCAUUUCUCGUAAUUUAUGGUCAUCAGAUAUUGCAAAAUGUGACCAAAAUCAUGAGGAUUCAUGUGUUAUUUUUGGCAACAUCCACAAUGUAGCAUGCAAGAUAACAUUUUGUUUAUUUGAGUUCCUUAACAUCCUAAAAGUGCCAUUUUUCAUUUUAAUUUGUUGUUGUGUGAGAUCUGUCUCCUCUGUUGAACAGUGUUAAUCACUUUGGAUCCAGACAGUGAAAAUAAAUCUCUCAGGUUGGGAUCCGGGCACAAAAUAAAACAUUUUUCACCUUCAUGUCAAGAAACAACAGCUCAAUAUGUAUGAAUAUACUAGCUUGAAAAAACAGACCUUUAAGUGAUUUAGCUUUACUUUCACCUGUGUAUCCCAUGUGUUAUUGAGUGAAAUGUAUAUAGAAAAAAAAUGUGCCUAAUAGUGAUUUUUCUCUGGCCUCACCUUGUUUUAUUUUUUGCCUACGUUACUGUAUUUAGAAGACGUUAAACUUGACACAAUCUGUUUUUAUUGCUGUAAAAAUUAACAAUACACAUUUUUUCUACAAAAGAAAGAAAGUUGUGAGUGAGUGGCUGCCUGAGUGAACAUGUGAUAUUCUGUUUGUGUGUCCACUUGUGUGUUUGUGCGUGUGUUCUUGUGAUUGUACCCAUGUACAUACACACAAAUGAGUGUCUAACCAAUAAAAAAAGAGAAACUACAUAGAAAUACAUUGUGUAAAUACAGUAAGGGUCUUCAAGGGAGAAAUAUGUGCCUUUAUACUUUUGAAAAAAAAAUACUGUAAUUCAUUGUUUUUGAUGGCAAACACAAUGUUUUAUAUAUUGUUUUUAUGGUGUAUAGCAACUACUUUUUAUUACCUGACAUUUUUGUAAGUGUAG